AUGAGGAAGAAGGAGAAGAAGAAGAAGAAGAAGAGGGACGCCGAAGCGUACGGGCGAAGACUGGACGAGAGCAAGACACACGCCGUUGGUCGGACCACGGCCAGGACCGAGAGUCCCCUAGGCAAGACAAGCCUCAAGACCGCAAGAGGAGAGGUGGACGAGAGUGGUCACUUGAUCACAGAGGAGAGACAUCAAGGCGACACUACUGGCUACUCGAGGAUUCGACAGUGA